UGUGCCACUGCGAUAUGUUACUCCGUAAAGUAGGUUUUUCCGAGGCCGUGUAUUGUUCCCGGCGAGUGGUUUCUUGAAGUCGCUAUGUGUGAUUGUGGCUGAAAAACCGCAUUUUAUGUGUAGGUCUCUUAAGAGGCACGAGAUGGCCUUCGUAGGAAGCCGUGAAGGGUCCGUGAAGGACGUGGUAAAAAGAGAAUUUCACACCACCGGAAGGGAGUAACUGUUGUGAGUGUGUUUGACGCUCUGUCUUCCCAAACGUGCACUUUUCUGUUUUCCGGGUGGGAUUGAACCUCUUCCGCCUCCGUAACUUGAGUCAAAAGUGCCGGUCAAAAUGGAAGUGAAUCCCCCCAAACAGGAGCACCUGCUGGCCCUGAAAGUGAUGCGGUUAACCAAGCCUACUUUAUUCACCAAUAUUCCAGUAACAUGUGAAGAAAAAGACUUACCUGGAGACCUCUUUAACCAACUCAUGAGAGAUGAUCCUUCAACUGUAAAUGGUGCAGAAAUUUUAAUGUUGGGAGAAAUGUUGACUUUACCACAGAAUUUUGGGAACAUUUUUUUGGGAGAGACCUUUUCCAGUUAUAUCAGCGUUCACAAUGAUAGCAAUCAAGUUGUAAAAGAUAUAUUGGUAAAAGCUGAUCUUCAGACAAGCUCUCAGCGUUUAAACCUUUCAGCCUCCAAUGCUGCAGUGGCUGAACUUAAACCCGACUGUUGUAUUGAUGAUGUCAUACACCAUGAAGUAAAGGAAAUUGGAACACACAUCUUGGUGUGUGCGGUGAGUUAUACAACUCAGGGUGGAGAAAAAAUGUAUUUUAGAAAAUUCUUCAAAUUUCAGGUUCUCAAACCACUGGAUGUGAAAACCAAAUUUUACAAUGCAGAGACUGAUGAAGUAUUUCUGGAAGCCCAGAUUCAGAAUAUUACAACCUCACCCAUGUUUAUGGAGAAAGUUUCGUUGGAGCCAUCUAUAAUGUACAAUGUAGCAGAAUUAAAUUCAGUCAACCAAGCUGGAGAAUGUGUAACUACGUUUGGGUCAAGAACAUAUUUACAGCCAAUGGAUACACGCCAGUACUUGUACUGCCUAAAACCCAAGAAGGAGUUUGCAGAAAAAGCAGGCAUCAUUAAGGGAGUAACAGUAAUCGGGAAAUUGGAUAUUGUGUGGAAAACCAAUCUAGGUGAAAGGGGAAGAUUACAGACCAGCCAACUUCAAAGAAUGGCUCCUGGCUAUGGAGAUGUUAGGUUAUCUUUGGAGGCAAUCCCAGAUACCGUAAACCUAGAAGAACCUUUUCAUAUUACCUGUAAAAUAACAAACUGCAGCAGUGAAAGGACUAUGGACCUGGUUUUGGAAAUGUGCAAUACCAAUUCUAUCCACUGGUGCGGCAUUUCAGGAAGACAGCUUGGAAAAUUAAAUCCAAGUUCUUCUCUCUGCCUUGCCCUCACUCUACUGUCUUCAGUACAGGGACUGCAAAGCAUCUCCGGCUUAAGACUAACAGACACGUUUUUAAAGAGAACAUAUGAAUAUGACGACAUCGCACAAGUCUGUGUGGUAUCUUCGGCCGUUAAAGUGGAAAGCUGAAGAAAAUUUCCAAUGUUAAGCUUUUCAUUGAGUUUCAACAGAACUUUCUGUAUUUUUGUCACCUUUGUAAAAUGAUCAACAGCAAAAACAAGUAUAUAUUAUUUAAAUUUCUUUGCUGUAAAACAGUUAAAUAUUAAAUAUUUGUUUUGAAAAGAACUACUGAUUUUAUCUUUUAAGUUAUAUGCUAAAUUAACAUUGGUACAUUUUCUACACAUACCCUAUUUGAUUUCAUUUUAGAUGACCAUUGGACUUCGUUCUCCAAAAGCUCUGUAUGUGAGGCCAUGUGUCCCCAGCAAGUAUGUAGAACAGGGAUCAGAAAAAUUUUUAUGUAAAGAGCCAGCUACUAAAUAUUUUAAGCUUUGCAGGCCAUGUGGUUUCUGUUGAAAAUGCUUCACUUUGCUUGUGAGUAUCCAGCAGGCAAAAAGCACAGCAGUGUUUACAAAAACAGGCAGGAGGCCUGCAGGCCAUCGUUGCUGACCUCAAACUAGUUCUAGAAGAUACAGUUAUUUCUCAACACUUUAGAAUCUGUGUAAUAGUUUAUUUAGGAAUAUUUCAGUUAACCCCCGUGUUUUUCUUAGCUCCACAUUCAACAGAAAAAGUUUGUUAACAACUGGGUACUCCUCAUGUAACCUUAUAUUUGCUAACACACUAUGAAUUUGUCUAGUUGUUUUCAAAAUGAUUGUAUUGGUAUGUAACUGUGUUUGUGUAGACAUACAAACACACACAUCUAAGUUUCAGUUAUAGCAGAUCAGAAUUAGUUUUAUUUCUUAGAUUGUUGAUUACUCUGUUCACUUUUAAUUAAGAAGCCUGAUAAUUUUUAAGUCCAAAAGUCCUGGGGGUUUUUUCCCAUAAAAAAAUAAGCCACUUAUUUUCAUAGGCAUAUUUAAAGGAUUUCCAGCUUCUAAUAUUUGAUUUUGAAUUCUAAAUUAUGUAAUAUUAUUAAACUUUGUAUUUUUGCAUGUAAUUACACUAAUUUACUUAUGCCAAGAACAAAACAGUGAAAAAUUAAGAUUCUAAACAGCUUUGCAACAUGAAUGUACUGAAAGUUGCAAUAUUCUGUCAGGAAAACAAAAGGUUAUGCUGUUAACUAAAAACUUAUUUUGGUAAAAUGCAAUUCAAGGAGGUAUAUAUAAUUGCUUAAAUGUAAGAGUACAUUAAGUCAAAUACAAAAAUUGGUUUUUCUUAAAUGCAUAAUUAUUGAUUGCCAUGACAAAUUGGUCCAAAGUGAAAGCUAUAUUCAGAGUGAGAUUUGCCCCUUAAAUUAGAGUGAUAAUGAAACGUAUGUACAAAAUAAAGUACAAGAAGUGUAAAAUGUCUGUCUUCUAAAAUGAGUAAGAUUGAUAAAGUGAUAAAUAAGAUUUUAUAGCCACUGCA